AUCAUCUCUCCUUCUUUUCACACCAUCUGCCAUCGUCACCUGCGCCUCAAUUGCCGAUCCGAUCGUCCCCUCUCGUUUAUCCUCUUCCUUAACCCCCUUUCCUCCCCCUUCUGACCCUCCUAGUUCUUUUUUCUUUUCUUUUCUUUUUCUUCUGGUCUUGUGACAAUGUGGUCGCUGGUAUCUAAUCACAUCCCCUGACCAUAUCAUGUUUCUUUCGUCCGACGCAGACGGUGAGACCUUAGGCCCAUCGGUCAGGAUCAGCCGGGGCCCCGAUCCGGGCCCCGGCCUUGACGACAAUAAAGCCCACUAUUUCAGCACCGCCGUCCAAGUCGGAUCCAUCGAACAACAACACUAUGAACGAGGCUUCCGCGGGGAUCGUUCAUCACCCAAGGCUGUUGAAAUGCAAGACCUGGGAUCAACAUUGGACAGCGACAAAGAUUCGGCUACAGUCACCGACAGAUUGCUCGGGGACGACGAGAUGAGCACCACCGUAUCGACACGGGCGUCACAUCCGCUGUUUCCACCGCUCCCGUCCUACGGACCACCUUCUCUGGUCUGCUCGCUGCAAUUUCUGCUCAUUCGCGGCGUCUCAUUCGUCCUGUCGCUUCUCUUUCUGGCCACCGUCAUGAUCGCCGCCAUCGUGCAAACGGUCGUCAAAGCGUUCACCGCGUCGCACCGCGGCCGACGUGGCCAAAAUCCGCGCGAGGGGAGCCAAUUCUCCGCGGAAGAGCGGUCACGGCGCACGGAGCGACGCAGGGCGCUGCGGCGGUGGAGUUCGCGCCAGGAGAAGGAGGUCAAUGAGGAAGGGCGGGACGACUGUCCGCCUUUGGAGGGUGGCAAGGACCCCAUCGUCUGCGACGUGGCGUAUUAUGCCCGCCGUGUGGGAUUGGACGUGGAGACCUUCAAGGUCCAAACGGAAGACGGCUUUGUGCUCACUCUCUGGCACGUCUACGAUCCGCAAGAGUCCACUCCGCUGCCCGCGAAAGAUCGUCGACCUCGCGGGCCGCAAGUGUUCACCGGAGAGACAAACCCCGCGGUCUUCCAGCGUUCGGCGCCGCGCAAGUACCCGGUUUUGUUGAUGCACGGGUUGCUUCAAAGUGCUGGCGCCUUCUGUGCCAAUGAUGACGACAGCCUGGCAUUCUUUCUUUGCAAAUCCGGCUAUGAUGUCUGGCUGGGCAACAAUCGCUGUGGGAUGACGCCCGAACACACCACUCUUCGCGAGACCGACCCCCGCAUGUGGGCCUGGAACAUCCAGCAGAUGGGCGUGCUGGAUCUGCCGGCCCUCGUGUCCCGCGUUCUAUACGAGACGGGGUUUGCCCAGCUGGGCCUCGCCUGCCACUCCCAGGGCACUGCGGAAACGUUCAUCGCGCUUGCCAAGGACCAGCGGCCCGAGUUGGGGGAGCGGAUUUCCGUCUUCUGUGCGCUGGCGCCGGCCGUGUACGCCGGGCCACUCAUUGACCGCGUGUGUUUGCGAUUCAUGCGCAUCAUCCCGCCGCGCAUGUUCCGCGCCUUCUUCGGCAUCCACUCCUUCAUCCCGUUCAUGAUGACCGUCCAUCGGCGCCUGCAUCCGCGCAUCUACGGCGCCCUCGGGUACUAUGUCUUCUCGUUUCUGUUCGGCUGGGACGACUCGCGCUGGGAUCGCGCUCUGCGCGACCGCAUGUUCCAGUUCGCCCCGGUCUAUGUGAGCGCGGAAACCAUGCGCUGGUGGCUGGGCCACGGGUGUUUCGCCCACCACAAAUGCAUUCUCGCCACCGAGGAGUCGACCCUGGCGGAGAGGGAGGAGGACCGGCGCCCGAGCGACGACGACUCGACGCCGCCUCGGCGCGACACCGCCUGGUAUGGGCCGCAGGUGCCCCCGAUCGCCUUGUGGAUCGCCGGGUCCGAUAAACUCGUCGACGGGCAGCAGUUUCUCGACCGGCUGCGCAAGGGCCGUGAACCGCAUGUCCGGCUAGUGCACGCCAAGGUGAUCGAGGACUACGAGCAUCUGGAUGUGCUGUGGGCGAUGGAUGCGGUGGAUCAGGUCGGGCAGGAGGUGCGGCAGGUCUUGUGGCAGACGAUGCCCGCGGAGGCGCGGGCGGUUUGCCGUGUGCCUCGGGGGGUGGAAUGAGUUAAUGUGGGUUCGAUAGACGAAGCCACCUUGUACAUAGAUAGAUUCUCUGUUCUGUUUAUUAGAUAUGAGUGACGAGUAUAGACAUAUAAUCAAGCGUUAUUCUCUGG